AAAGAAAAAAACAAUGAGGGACUGAAAGGAAAAUAGAAGUGUGAUUGAAGAUUUAUCUCCAAUUAAUCAGUUUUUAUUCUAUUUAUUUAAUUUUUUUUAUUCAUGAAUAUAAUAAUAAAAAGCCAUCGGGAGUACGUCGUGCUGCCGUGCUUGUACACCAAAUUUUAUGUUUGUUCCAUUUCCAUCUCCUUCGUUUGUACGAGCUCCUCGAAAGAAAUUCGUUGUUUUGUAAAGUAUUCAUCCGUCCAUGGUUAGAUCUGAGUUAAGGAAUCUGUUUCUCCCUCCUUCUGUACUCUCCUAAUCAUCAGAUCAACCCUUUCUUAUGCAACUUUUUUAGCUCUCUCUCUCUCUCUCCCUAUUAUCUUUUUUCUUCUGUUUUUCCUCGUUUAUUUUCUUCGACUACUUUUUCUUCACAUAAUGGUUCUCCGUGAAAAAUUAGACUAGUUAGUGGGAUUUUGUUAUCUUUUGGGUGUAUACGCCGAGUUAAUUCUUCGCGUUGGCAGCCGAAUUCUGAUUGCCUCAUGAGGAAGAAGCUCGAUACUCGCUUUCCCGCUGCUCGCAUUAAGAAGAUCAUGCAAGCUGAUGAAGACGUUGGGAAGAUUGCAAUGGCAGUGCCAGUUUUAGUGUCUAAAGCGUUGGAAUUAUUUCUCCAAGAUCUUUGUGAUCGUACAUAUGACAUAACUGUGCAAAGAGGGGCAAAGACCGUUAAUUCGCUGCAUCUGAAACAUUGUGUGCAUAGUUAUAACGUGUUUGACUUUCUUAAGGAAGUUGUGAGCAAAGUUCCGGACUAUGGUCACUCUGAUACCACAGCUGACAUCACGAAGAGACGGAAACAUGCAACACUAGCAGCAGCAGUGGAAGAGGAAGAGGAAGGGGCAGGGGAAGAGGACGAGGACGUGCCAGCAGAGCAAGUGAACUUCACCGAGAAGUGGUUGAACCCAUUGGCUCAACUUCCAUUCUCCCGAGCAUCAAACAAAUCCCAAUCCCUUGUUCAAUGGAUAACAGAAGAGAGCAACAAAGAUAUUGAGUCCAGUAAAUUCAGAUUCAACGCCGGAGAUGAAAAAUCCGAAAAAACGGCUGUUGAUGAGAUUACCGAAAUGGAUAGGAUGGCCAUAGACCCCUUUCAUCUCCCGCAGCUCGGCGAGGAUGAUGAGGAUUAUGACGAGGAAGGGUAG